GCCGCGAGGGAGAGAGAGAUAGAGAGGGGAGCGAAGGAGGCGGCGACCGGCGGCCAUGGAGGAGGCGCUGAUCCCCGACGACCGCACCUGGUACCGGUUCCUCCCCAUCCUCGCGUGGAUCGUCGCUGACGCUGAGGAGGCCCGCCACACGCUCGAGCAUGCGGCGGAUGAGCUCGAGCGCGCCGCCGCGGAGGCGAACCGCAUCGCCGACCUGGCCCACGGGGGCUCCGACCGGGCGGUCCUGGUCCUCCUCCGCCGCGACGUCCACCGCGUCCUCAACCUCGAGCGCGACCGGGUCGCUGACCUCCGCCGCGAGGCGCCCGACCUCGCCGCCGCCGCCGAGCCGGGGCCCCCCUAUCGACCGAACUCUGGCCUUCUGGUCAACGUAGGCCACGGACUGGAGCUUCUUCUCGGCACCGAGCCUUCCGAGGAUGCGAUACACUCCUUCUCUCUGCGGUGGGAGGACAAUCGUCACGUCUGGUAUCCGGAGUGGCUCGUCGGCGUGAGGAGGGAGGUGAGGCACGCGCUCCGCAGGCUGAACCGCGCGCGAGCCGAGCUAGAGCAUGUUUCCCUUGCAGUGGCCGAUUUUCUUGCGGUGGCUACUUCGCCGGAGGGAGCUGCCACGGCCGUCGAGGCAUGUGAGGCGACCGCCGAUGGGUAUGCCACCGCCGCUCAGCACGCCCGUCGGGCCGUGGCGAAUCUGGACAACGUCCUCAACAUCCUGCAAGGGCUGCGGGAUGACAUUCUUGAUGAUCCGCCACCGGGCCGCGUCAGAUACUUCUUCGGCUACGUCGACAACGCAGCCGGAGACGACGCCGCAGCCGGAGACUGACCGCCUGCUGCUAUGCUUCGUCCGCUCGAUCUUUUUGACACGAUAACUACAAACUUCUAAACCUUGAUGUGAUUGGCAUUGACUUGCAUAGCCAUCUGAAGCUGCCGUGGAGUAAAUUUUCGUCCGGCAUGCAUAUUGAUAAUAUCUACAGAACAGUUUUGGUGAGAUAGAUAGAGUUGCUUGAUAGACACUGUGACAUAUAUUGUUGGAAAAGUUGCGCUUGCUCGCUAUGCGAGAGGAGAACUCGAUGGAUUCGAUUGCACCGGUGAGUGUCAUGGUUAGAUGUUGAUUGUCAUCUUCAGUUCUGCUGAGAUGACUGGGAUUGUUAGCUAUAGGUUGGGUUGCGCGUUGCCCCGCUAUGCAUUCAUGUGUUGGUGAGACAAAAGUCUGCACUCUGCAGCAUACAUGGUUUGGUUAAUUGCGUCGAUCGCUAGCUAUGUGAUUGUUGUGAAAUGGUUGGACCGUCUAUCUUGUUAAAAGCAUAUCCAUCUGCAGUUCUGAUGAUAGCCAGCGUUGAUUAUAUGCUUAUAUCGAUCCGUGCCUCAGUUUGUUCGGUAAAAGACAACAGUAGUUUAUUUUGCACUGCUAGAUGAAACUACUCAUGGCUAGGAAAAAUCUGGGGAGGGAUGUCCAACCAAUUGUGUGUUGCGUUCUAAACUCAUGAUUAUUGGUUAGGUUGUCUUGGUUAUAUGGUACAUUUGCUCAACGUACGCAUGUGUUUUCUGUAGUACAUGGAAAUUGAUUAGGCAGAUCAUCUUUUGCAGCCUCAAACAUGCAUAUGAACCAUAGUUUUAAACAGCAAACUAUGCUAAAUAGCACCGGUCCGACAAAUCAGCUAUAGUGAGGGUAUGACAGGGCUAUAACCAGCUAAUUCAUAAGUUCACUGAAAAUUGUACAUGAAUACCAUCUAGCGGCACCAUGCUUGAACCGUUGUAAGGGGCUAUAGAGGAGCUAUUCAAAACUUUGAUAUGGACCCACGAUGCAGAUAGUCAAAUUGUCUGAUAUAUUAUUCUUAAAGUGAUCACAUAAUAUAUACAGUGCGUAGUGACCAUAGGUUGUAUAUAUAUCUUAUCAACUUCUAGGCCAUUCCCAUUUCAAAAGUGUCGUCUAUUUUCCUCCAAUCCUGUGUUGAUAUGCCUCGUUUUGUACUAAUGUGCUCUGUUUCUCCAGGGAAAAUGUUAGCUUGUACUGUACCUGAGAAGGCCGAGCAUAUGUGCGUUCAAGAUAAGGAUGACAGGUUACAUCGGGCUAAUAUGUUUUUUGGAGCGCAAAUCAUCUUGGAUUGACUGUAAAUCUUGUGCUCUAGAUACCAGGGAGCUUCGGAAAAAUUAUACUCAAUCCAAACAGGGACAUAGACUGCAUUUGGCACCGAAGUCAAUUAUGAUAUAGUUUAUCAAUUUUUACGUAUAAUUUAUUAUUUAUGUAUUGAUCAAUAUUUUAUUUCGUUUGAUGACUAUUUUUUGCAUGCCAGGUCAAGAAGCAUGUGCGGUACAAUGUACUCAGCAAUCGCGUAUUGAGUACUAGAGCAAUCGUCUAGGACACAGACAUUGGGUCAUCAAUCCGCAAGGCAUCUCCAUGGGAUCUCUAGUAGUUCCAGGAUAAAUGUCCCAAGAAUAUGAAGGAAACGAGGAGGCGAAAAGCUUAGUUGCUCAUCGUGCAUUCUAAUAUUAGCAUACUGAUAUAAUUGAAAUAGGUUGGUCUAGGUAUGAACAGUGUGACUUCUGUGGUUUCAAGGAAAUUGUGGACCAUUGGCUCUUUUGGUU